UUUGUUUUUGCCUGACUUGACUUACUCUGAUUCUGUCCAGGAAUCAGUCACUCAAUCAGUUUACAACUGUGCAACACAGAAGCAAACUCAGCCUUUUAGGACAGCACAGAUGCCUGCACCAGAAAUGUGGCAAAGAACUACUCUCAACAAGAUAUGGCUGAUUUCCCUGGUUCUCUGCUCUUUUAUUAUGUUCACAACUCAGGGACAGCAGCAACGUUCAAUGGUAGUAGACACUGAAUAUGGGAAAGUCCAAGGCAAACAAGUGAGACUGCAAGGAUUUGACAUAUCUGUCCAUGUGUUUCUGGGCAUUCCUUUUGCCAAACCUCCUCUUGGACCCUUGCGAUUCACUCCACCCCAGCCUCCUGAACCCUGGGAGUAUGUGAAGGACACCACUACGUACCCACCCUUGUGCCCCCAGAAUAUAUCUGUAUCGCAGGGACUCGCUAGCCUUUUCUCCAUACGGAAUGAAAGCUUUCCAAUGAGAACGUCUGAAGAUUGUUUGUACUUAAAUAUUUAUGCACCAUCUGACCUGGCAAUGAAGACCAAGUUACCGGUGAUGGUAUGGAUCCAUGGAGGGGGGAUGAUGAUGGGUGAAGCUUCAACCUAUGAUGGACUGGCCCUCUCAGCCCUUGAAAAUGUGGUAGUGGUGUCAAUUCAGUACCGCCUGGGAAUCCUUGGGUUCUUUAGCACUGGAGAUGAACAUGCCCAGGGGAACUGGGGUUUUUUAGACCAAGUGGCUGCACUCCACUGGAUCCAGAAGAACAUUGGUAAUUUUGGAGGAGACCCAAGCUUGGUGACCAUCUUUGGAGAGUCAUCAGGAGGUUUUAGUGUUUCAGCAUUGAUGCUGUCUCCUUUGACCAAGAAUCUCUUCCACCGAGCCAUUUCCCAGAGUGGGGUUAUCUUUAUGGAAUCUCUAUUCAGUUCCAACAUCAAACCAGCUACUGAGAAAAUAGCCAGUUUUGCUGGAUGUAAAACUACCACAUCAGCUAUCUUGGUUCAUUGCAUGCGGCAGAAGACAGAAGAGGAGAUCAUAGCUAUAACUCAGAAGAUGGAUUUGUACCACCUGGAUUUCCUAGGAGAUCCCACAGAGAAAUUUGUCUUCCUACCUGCAGUUGUGGAUGGAGUAUUUUUCCCCAGAAGUCCCAAAGACCUCUUGGCUGAAAAUCAGUUCAAGCCCCUUCCCUACAUCAUGGGAAUCACUGAUGAUGAAUUUGGUUGUUUUUUUCCAAAUAUUCUGGGAUAUCCUAUAUCAGAGAAUGGACUUGACCAAGAAACGGCCACAGAACUUUUAUGGCAUUCUUACCCACUUCUUAAAAUCCCCAAAGUUCUUACUCCAGUAAUAACUGAAGAGUAUCUUGGAGGGACACAAGAUCCUGUCAAAAAGAAAACCCUAUUUCUGGAAAUGCUAGGAGACUUGACAUUUUGGAUUCCAACUGUGAUUUUGGGUCGGCUUAACAGAGAUUUAGAUGCACCCACUUACCUGUAUGAAUAUCAGCAUCGGGCAAGUCGCUGGGGAAACUUGAAACCAGCAACAGUCAAGGCAGACCAUGGGGAUGACAUCUUUUCUGUCUUUGGAUCUCCAUUUUUAAAAGAUGGUUCCCCAGAAGAGGAGAAGCAAAUUAGCAGGAUGGUGAUGAAAUAUUGGGCCAACUUUGCUAGGAAUGGAAACCCAAAUGGUGAAGGGUUACUAAAAUGGCCUACAUAUGAUCAUAAUGAAGAGUACCUCCACAUUAACAUCACUCCCAAAGUAGCCAAGAAACGGAAGGAGAAGGAGGUGGCAUUUUUCAUUGAACUCUUGGCAAAGGAAUCAGCUGGGGUGAAGACAGAGCAUACGGAAUUAUGAUCUGGAUGGGUAUCUUGGCUAUUCUCCGCAAGAAGCCUCAGUUGAAUUGGAUGAGAAGACAUAUUUUUCUUAAGCAUGGGUAUCCAGAAACCUGAUUGUAAGAAAGCUUUUCAAUAUAGAGAUGAACCAGGGACAGAUUCAAUCAGCCAUACAUUAGCACAUUUGGAUUGGAGAUGAAGGGCUCUGCAGCUUUGAUAUGAGAGGCCAUGAGGAAUCUAUAGGAAUUCUUUCUUUCUGUAAUGCUUAUAGGAAUCAGUUGGCUUCUCUGUGUGGGGUCAACUUGGGUUGUAUUAAAUAAAAUUUACUUUAAAAAUC